UAUCAGUGUUAUUCGGAGUGGCAGAGAGUUCACAGCUCGGGAGCAAAAUAAAUUCUAAAUUUUGUAGUUUUUUUUUUCGGCAAUAUUUUUUGACUAGAUAUUAAGAAUAAAGUGAUAUUUUUUUUAAACUAAUUUAAGCAAAAAGUGAAAAACACAACCAACAAACAAAAGACAGUGAAACAAAACAAACAAAACAAAAAUGUUCGUUUCAAGAAUAAUACAACAGCCAAUCAACACCUUCUACUCCAUUACUGCUUUAAACAAUAAUCAACAAAAAAAAACUGCGAAAAAGACGCUAUUGGGGUCUCACUUUAGCUGGCAGGCGCUCUUCCUCGGGGUCCUACGGAUGCUGUAUCAUAGACGAAUAAUACAACAACCAAUCAACACCUACGCUCUUACAGCAUUAAACAACAAUCAAAGAAAAAACUGCGAAAAAGACUCUAUAGGGUUGCGCCCAUCAGCUGGCAGGAGGUCGUCCUCGGAGUCCAACGGAUAUACAUAUACGCGAUCAAGCACGAGCACGAGUGAAAAACUGUACAAUACUAUAUUUUGAUACUAAUAAUUGUAUAUUUUUAUACCAAAAACAAAUUGAUUGUCAGA